UUUCUGGGUGAGGCAAAGAAGGUCAUGGAUGCCCUGGAUUCUCUGCAACAGAUCCACCCGUUUGUUGGUGUGGCUAUACUUGCUUUCAAGGCAGUCGUGAAUCUUGAGCUAACGCGAAGAGAAAACGAUCGUAGAGUUGGAUUGAUGAUAGCUCGGGCAUCUGAUAUGAUGGUCAUACUUCUCCAACUUAAGGACACCAAAGACCCUGCCAUCGUGGGACCUCACGGUGAAAUUCGGGGGCGACUCGAGCGCGUCAUGGAUGGCAUCAAGAAAGAUAUUGAGGAUUGCGGGAACGCCAUUGAAAAGUACUACAAGUCAAAAUUCGCGAGCGAAUUUGUCAAAAAUUGCAGCAGCUUUUCCCAGCGUACCCAGGACCUCCAGCUCGCCUUGAAUAUCAGGACGACCUUGAGAGUUGACAUUGCGAUCGAUAAGCUGGAGAAGCUAAUCCAGAGGCCAAGCGAACGCGAAGCGAAAUUCGAGAAAGAAGUGCAAAUGCGCGGUGGAAGGGAGAAGUGUUUGGAGAGCGAAGACGCAUUAGUGGAGCUACUGAAAUUUGCUGAGCAACGGGAAGCACGUCCACAGAAUAAAGCACGUCCCGAUCCCGCCUCCAAAGAUGCCAAUAAGCCUACUUCCAAGACCACUUCGGCCAGCGGAUCAGUUGCUGAGCAGUACCGCCUCGAUGCCUCAUUGCUUCACGAACUGCGUGCUCCUUUACGCAGCUUACUCGACGAAAACCGCGCUCUCUUCAUGUUCAAGCUCGACACCCAGACAUCUGACAUCAAAGAUGCUAUCAAGGAUUCCGAGGCGCGCAUCAUGUGGGCCUUCAACAGCAGAUUCAGACGGGUCAAGGAUCCACACCUCCGAUAUAUCUGGAAGGAGAUGUUCAAGACACUAUACUUCAUCGCAGAACUCCAUGACUAUUACGUCAAUCGGUUCUCCCGCCUUCGUCACGAUGCUCCGCCCGCACAAGAGACCUCGGAGGCUUCAUCUUUGAUCCUGCGAGUCCCAUCCCCAACACCUACUGUCUCUGUCGCCUCGGAUUCAGAAGGAGAAGAUCGCGAUCUUCAAGCAGUCGAUUCUGCAUACCGCGAGCUUCCUACAGUUGAUCUUGCAGACAAGUGGUGCCUGAAAUACUUGUCCGUUUUCUACGUUCCGAGUCUAUCGGAAGGCUUCGAUGGCGAUGCAAAUGGUUUGGUCAGCAUAAGGGAAGUGAACUCCUUUACUUCCACGACGCCUUCGGGUUGGAGUCUUCCACAAACGCUUGCGUACUGGGCAGCAGGGUGGAGAGUGGAUAGCCAAUAUUACCACGCACGGAUUGAACAGGUCUUGGAUAGCAUGGUUUAUGUGCAAGCAGAUGCACUUCCGGAAAACCGGAGGUGUAUCACCACAUACUUGAAUUCAUAUGUUAUCGAUGGCAUCAAACGACUGGUCCGUUCUAUUGCAGACCUUGGAUCAGAGGAUUCGGACUUGGAUCUUACGCAAUUGGCUGCUCAGCGUCGCACAGCUCAGGAAGAGAUAUUGGCGGAUAAACUUAACAUCGUGAAGUAUGAAAUUGACUCCAGGGAUUCUAUCAAACUUUUUGGAUCUGGUCGCAUCGAAAAUUUCUUGCUGCCUUUGGUUUACCUCGUCAUCAGGAGGCAUUUACAGAUCAUGAGACUCGCCAGCACAGUAAUUCUGGUUGAGAGAGAACUCGAGUCUGCAACUCAAACGAUAGAAAAUAUUCUGGAAGGGGUGACUCUGCGUGUGGAGCAACUGGCAGGUGCGCUUCCGAGUUGCAUUGUGAUGAGCUACUGA